AUGGCGGCUGCGAUUGAAGCCGAGAAGGUGCCGGUGGACAGCGGGGAGGAGGGGCCCCUCACGGCAGCCGAGGAGCUGGCCUCCCAGAAGCGCGAACAGAGACUGCGCAAAUUCCGGGAGCUACACCUGAAGCGAGAAUGUGCAGCAAGAGGGGAAGACUAUGAGAAAGUGAAGUUGCUGGAGAUCAGCGCAGAAGACGCAGAAAGAUGGGAGAGGAAAAAGAAGAGGAAAAACCCCGAUCUGGGAUUUUCAGAUUAUGCUGCUGCCCAGUUGCGCCAGUAUCAUCGAUUGACCAAGCAGAUCAAACCUGACAUGGAAGCAUAUGAGAGACAGAGAGAAAAACAAAUUGAAAAACGAGACAAAUACAGCCGGAGACGUCCUUACAAUGAUGAUGCGGAUAUCGACUACAUUAAUGAAAGGAAUGCCAAAUUCAACAAGAAAGCUGAAAGAUUCUACGGGAAGUAUACGGCUGAAAUUAAACAGAAUUUGGAAAGAGGAACAGCUGUCUAAUCCCUUCAAGAACUUGAGAGCUUGAAUGGAGUUUAUCAGAGCUUGAGAAUGGAGCCAAAAUUUCUGCUAGCAAAUUCAAGUCUCUCUGAAAUUUUAUCAGUAAUCCAGAAGUUAGUUUAUGCUUUCCCACUCACAUUUAGAAAUAAAAAUGUUUCUUAAACGUAUAUAUUUCCACAUUUUUGUGCUUGGAUAUAAGAUGUAUUUCUUGUAGUGAAGUUGUUUUGUAAAAAUCUACUUUGUAUAAAUUCUAAUUAUAUUAUUUUUCUAAGUA